AUGUUACCAACGUUAUCUGAUCUAUGCUAUUUUUGUUUGAAUGAUACCUUACAUAAACACGAUGAAUUACUUUCUGCAUUACCAUUAUCGAAAAUCCGAACAUUAUUAGUACGAGAUUUAUCUUAUGAUUUAAUGUCCAUUUAUGAAACUAUAUCAAUUACAAAUUUAACACUUUUCGAUUGUUCUUUUAAUGAUUUAUGUCAAAUUUUGAAAUAUGUACCUAUGUUAAAAUAUUUAAAUGCCGGAUGUAUGGAUAGUGAUGUCAAAGACGAUAAAUUUCUAAAAACAGCUUUAUGCCUCGCUAACAAUCAGGCACUUUUAUUAAUAAAACUAAUUAUACGUAUAAGCUCCAUUACAUUUGUUGAUUUUGAAAUGCUGUUAAAACAAACACCAAAUUUGAGCACAUUAAUAUUAUCUUCUUCUAGCAGACACCUGAUUAAUGCUUAUGAUUGGGAACAUUUCAUUUCAAUUUUAUUACCUCAUUUAAAUCAUUUCGAAUUUAAAUUCUAUAUUAGACUUAUAGAGAAAGACGACACAGAUCGAACAAUUGAUGAACUAUUUCAUAUAUUUAAACAAUUUCAAACAGAUUUUUGGCAUAAUCAACAUCAUUGGUAUACUGAAUAUUAUGUACACAAGGAUAUGGCAAUCAUAUAUACCAUACCCUAUAUAUCUCAAUACUUUACGUUAACACCUGAUAGAAAUAAACAUUGUAACAUAUUAGUGAACAACUCACAAUCAUUCGAGAGAGUUACAAAAUUAACACUAUCAUCAUCAGCACUGACAAAUAAUUGUAGACAUUAUUUUUCAAACGUACAAUCAUUACAUUUAGUAAAUUAUAAUUCUAGAUCCAUAAAUGAUCUCUGUGCAUUAAAUCCAGAAGAUAUACAAUCUAUUAAAAAUAUUAUUAAUCUAUCAAGUUUAAAACAUUUGGAUAUUGAAGAUCAUUAUAGCAUUAAUUUAUCAUUAGUAUUAUUAGAAAUGUUAAAACAAGCCCCUCAAUUAUCAUCAAUCACAAUGCGUACGUCUAGUGUAACAUUAUUGUUUGACAAUGAUCAACUAUGUCAAUAUUUAAAUAAAAUGAUUAAAAAAUUAAAUAUUAAAAAAUUAGCUUAUUUUUAUCCAUAUAUUCAUUCAAAUCAAAUUGAAAAAUUUUGUACUAUAUUCUCAAAUAUCGAACAACUUGAAUGUUCUAUUGAUCAAUUGGAUCAUUUAUUAUUAUUAUUAAGUCAUUUAUCAAAAUUAUCUAAUAUUACAGUUAAUAGCUCAUGUUUUCCUGACGAUAUCAAUCUCUGGUUACAUGAUAAAACAAUGGAAUUAAAAAGAAACUAUCUUUUUGAAUACACGGAAGAAAUAUUUUCACCUGAAAAUAAAACAUUAAAUAUUUGGAUUGGUGAAAAUAUUAAUUAA